UAAAUAUAAAUUUCAUGUCGUAGUAUACCUUCAUUUAGUUUCAUAUCACAUAAAAUGUACAUUGGUUUUGUUUUGUUAGCAAUUUUCGCAGGUGUCUGCAGCAAACCUUUCUACAGAUACCCUGUUUGUAGACAGACUCUACCAUUUCCACACCCAACGGAUUGCACGAAAUUUUUCGUUUGUGCACCAUGGGGCAAACAAGUCAUGAGCUGCGCGCCUGGCACUCAUUUCAACCCUAAAAUUCAUGUAUGCGAUUGGCCACGAGCAGCAGGAUGUACUCCAAGUACGCCAAGCACGACCUCUGUCAAUACUCCUUCGACUACCCUAUUAACCACUCUUCCAACUUCAGUUCCUGAGAGUUUAACCACAUCUCCAAACCGAAUUUCUUCAACUAGUGAACUACCUGAAGAUAAUGAUACACUAAUAGAAUCUACCCCAUUUCCUACCACUUCAAGUAUUAGUUCUUCGAGGCCUGAUAUUAUAAUAACAGAAAUAUCAACUUCUGAAAGUCGGACAUCUGGAACUUAUGGAACCUCAACAGAAAUAUCAGAGUCGAAAAUACCUGAAACUGGAACUUCUGAAAACCAAACUUCUGUAACAGAAACAUCAGAUUUUGAAACACCUGAACCUUCUGAUGUUGUAACAGAAACAUUGAAUGUUGAAACAUCUCAACCUUCUGAUUCUGCAACAGAAACAUCAGAUUCUGAAACAUCUGAACCUUCUGAUUCUUCAACAGAAACAUCCGAUUUUGAAACCUCUGAACCUUCUGAUAACGCAACAGAAACAUUAGAUUCUGAAACAUCUGAACCUUCUGAUUCUGCAACAGAAACAUCAGAUUUUGAAACAUCUGUACCUUCGGAUGUUACAACAGAAACAUCAGAUUUUGAAACAUCUGAACCUUCUGAUAUUGUAACAGAAACAUCAGAUUUUGAAACCUCCGAACCUGAUUCUGCAACAGAAACAUCAUAUUCUGAAGCAUCUGAACCGUCUGAUUCUGCAACAGAAACAUCAGAUUUUGAAACCUCCGUACCUGAUUCUGCAACAGAAACAUCAUAUUCUGAAGCAUCUGAACCGUCUGAUUCUGCAACAGAAACAUCAUAUUCUGAAGCAUCUGAACCGUCUGAUUCUGCAACAGAAACAUCAGAUUUUGAAACCUCCGUACCUGAUUCUGCAACAGAAACAUCAUAUUCUGAAGCAUCUGAACCGUCUGAUUCUGCAACAGAAAUACCAGAUUUUGGAACAUCUGAACCGUCUGAUUCUGCAAGAGAAACAUCAGAUUUUGAAACAUCUGAACCUUCUGAAAUUGUAACAGAUACAUCAGAUUCCGAUACUUCUAAUCUGACCAGUGAUCCUCCAUCUGCUGAAACUCCUAGACCAGAAACUUUAGAACCUGACAGUUCUUCAACGUACACUUCAACUACUGUUUUUUCAACUUCCUCGCCUGUUCCUGAAACUACUACUUCGAUCGACACAUCAUUUUUUAUCUCAGACUAUGCAACCCCUGAAACUCUAUCUCCUACCAACUCAUCACCCAAUUGCGCUCAGAAAUACUCGAGGGAUAGAGUAAAGACUACAGAAGAUGGAAGUGGUAAGAAGGAUGAUAACCAAAAGCAAGAAACUACUUCUAUGAAACCAGAUGAACCUAUAAUUACUCCAGAUGAUAUUUGUUCGAAGAAACCUAACGAUGUAUUCGUAAAUGGCCAUUAUGAUGAUUGCAAACUCUUCAUUACUUGCAGUAUGGGCUUUGCCAUUGUGAUGCCCUGUCCCGAUAACAGCCCUUUCUUCGAUUCUAAUAAGAAUGUUUGUACUAGCGAUGAAGGAGUUUGUUCAUGA